CUUAGCCGAGCAUGAAGGAACAGGGUUAGUUAAAUAGCGGCUGGGUUAGCUCUAAAUCACUCAUUUCGUGGGGACCAAAAGGUCCGGGCCAUAACGCAUUCCACUCAGUGUCUGGAGAUCAUCUACCCAGGCUGGGGCUCCCACGAAGACAAGGACCCAAGGUGCCUGGAAAAGCUGGCGCAAGGGACUGGAUUCUCCUUGCCUUCUUGGAGUGAAGCAUGAUCUCAGUCCUGCCACUGCUGCUGGGCCUCAGCCUCUGCUGCACCCAAGCAGGUGGCUUUGUGUCCCAGUUGGAAAGCACCUGUAUCUUGGAUAGUGAUGGGACGCCAGUGGAUUUCAGUUUUUGUAUGUCCUUCAACAAGGAUUUGCUCACUUGCUGGGAUCCCGAGCAGACCAUGAUGGUGCCACGGGAUUAUGGAGUGCUGUCUUCACUGGCCAGUGGCCUCUCAAACUAUCUCAACAAAAUGGAAAACCUAAUCCAGUACUUGUCCAGGGGGCUUCAGGACUGUUCAUCCCACACCCAGCCCUUUUGGGGAGCGCUGACAAAAAGGAUUCAGCCUCCAUCUGUGCAAGUAGCCGAAACCACUCCUUUCAACACCAGGGAGCCUGUGAUGCUGGCCUGCUAUGUGUCGGGCUUCUAUCCCGCCGAUGUGACCAUCACAUGGAGAAAGAAUGGGGAGGUUGUCCUCCCUCAAAACAGUGCUCCUAGUGUUAUCCAGCCCAAUGGAGACUGGACCUACCAGACUGUCUCCCAUUUAGCUACAAAUCCCUCUUUUGGGGACACCUACAUCUGUGUGGUAGAGCACGCCGCGAGUCCUGACCUCAUCCUGCAGUACUGGACCCCGUGGCUGUCCCCGUUAAAGAUAGUGAAGCUUACUGUGUCUGCAGUAACUCUGGCUCUGGGCCUCAUCGUCUUCAUCCUUGGUUUUGUCGGCUGGCGGAAAUCGAAGUCCCCUGGCUACACUUACAUUCCUGCGUCCAACUAUGUAGAAGAUGGCCGAAUUUCCUAGAGGCUGAAUCCCACAGUGCCCACCCAGAGACGAGCCACUCUCUUAGGCUGCUGUGUCCACCCCCACAAACACCCUCAGACUCCCCCAGUUCUCUUGGAUCCCAUGGUUUCUUCACUGAGUUCUUUGGAUCCCCCUUCUCUGUAUAAACCUUAGCCUGGUGGGGGAACUCAUAUCUGGGAAUGUCCUGAAACCAGUUUGCUGUCCAAGGCUGUAUUUCUGGGAAGGCGAUGAAGAGGAAGGUCCAAGGCCUUCUUGGAAGCCCACUGUGCAGAGUGGGAGCUGCUGGCGGCCGUCUGGGAGCAAUAA